UUUUCGCGCCAAUUUAUUUGUUCUGGUGUGUUUUGUUGUUCUGAAGCACAAAAUUAAAAUUUUAGUAUAUUUAUACUGUUUGUGUUUAUAUUUGUUAGUUUUUUUUUAAUACAUUCCAAUAAUGUCUCGUCGGCCCGAAGAAGAAUCUCCUAUGCCAACCCCAAGAUCGAAUAUGUCUUCACCAGCCCAGGAUUUUGAGCCUUUUGAAGAUGAAGGUGCACUUUUGGGGGAAAUUAAUCCAGACAUGGAAGAAGAGGAUGGGGAGGAAUUAUUUGGGGAUAACAUGGAAAAUGAUUACCGUGCUAUGCCUCAUUUAGAUCACUAUGAUAACAGAAACAUAGAUGAAGAUGACUAUGAAAACAUGUCUAUUGGGGAUCGUAUGGCAGCUGAAGAGGAACUCAGAAAAAGAGAUCGCGACGCUGGAAUUUACCGGAGAGACGACAGAGAGCUGUUUUAUGAUGAAAGUGAUGAUGAUGAAGAAAUGUCUCGGCAAAAGAGAAGAGCAGCUGAAAAGGCUGCUGUUGGUGAGACUGAAGAUCAAGAAAUGAUCGAGUCCAUUGAAAAUUUGGAAGACACUAAAGGUUAUGCUAUCAGGGAUUGGGUGAUAAUGAUGGGUCCAAGAACAGAAAUUUCCAAUAGGUUUAAAAACUUUUUGAGAACUUAUGUUAACAGUAAGGGACAGCAAGUUUACAAAGAGAAAAUUCGCAGAAUGUGUGAAAACAAUCAAUCAAGUUUCAGUGUCGAAUUUUCACACUUGGCCAACAAAGAGCAUGUGUUGGCGUACUUUUUGCCAGAAGCUCCCACACAAAUGCUAGAAAUUUUCGAUGAAGUCGCUAAAGAAAUAGUUUUAAGUAUGUACCCAAGCUAUGACAGAGUUACAAACGAAAUUCACGUAAGGAUUUCUGAUUUACCGUUGAUUGAGGAACUGCGAACGUUCAGAAAACUUCAUAUAAGUCAGCUAGUAAGAACACUUGGAGUGGUGACAGCUACUACAGGUGUAUUGCCACAAUUAUCAAUUGUUAAAUUUGAUUGUAACAAGUGUGGAUUCGUGUUGGGACCUUUUACACAAUCUCAAGAUGUUGAGGUUCAUCCUGGUGCCUGUCCAGAGUGUCAAAGUCAUGGUCCUUUCAUGAUCAACAUGGAACAAACCGUAUACAGAAAUUACCAAAAAAUAACACUCCAAGAAUCUCCUGGCCGCAUACCAGCCGGUAGAGUACCCCGUUCAAAAGAUUGCAUUCUAUUGGCUGAUUUGUGUGAUAGAUGCAAACCGGGUGACGAAGUGGACGUUACCGGAAUAUACACGCACAACUAUGAUGGAUCUCUCAACAUGGACAAUGGAUUUCCGGUAUUUUCAACUGUCAUUAUCGCAAAUCACUUGGUUGUGAAAGACUGCAAACAAAUCGUUCAAUCUUUGACCGAUGAUGACAUAAAUGCUAUAAUUAAAAUGAGCAAGGAUCAUAGAAUUGCAGAUAGAAUUAUCGCUUCGAUUGCGCCCUCUAUCUAUGGGCAUGAUUACAUCAAAAGGGCAUUGGCACUGGCUUUGUUUGGAGGAGAAUCUAAAAAUCCAGGACAAAAACACAAAGUGAGAGGAGACAUCAAUGUGUUAAUUUGCGGUGAUCCAGGUACGGCAAAAUCUCAAUUUUUAAAAUUCGUCGAAAAAAUCGCCCCCAGAGCCGUUUUCACUACCGGCCAGGGAGCCAGCGCUGUCGGUUUGACGGCUUAUGUAAGAAAAAAUCCUGUCAGCAGAGACUGGACUCUUGAAGCAGGAGCACUAGUACUGGCUGAUCAAGGGGUCUGCCUCAUUGAUGAGUUUGACAAGAUGAACGAUGCGGACAGAACAUCAAUCCAUGAAGCUAUGGAACAGCAAUCGAUUUCGAUCUCCAAAGCCGGUAUCGUGACAAGUUUACAGGCACGUUGUUCAGUAAUAGCGGCUGCUAAUCCUAUCGGAGGUCGCUACGACGCCAGUAUGACUUUCGCAGAAAACGUGAAUCUCUCCGAUCCGAUCUUGUCUCGUUUCGAUAUCCUCUGCGUGGUCAGAGACGAAAUCGACCCCAUACAAGAUCAACAUUUGGCCAGAUUCGUUGUCGGCUCGCAUAUAAAACAUCACCCGUCCAAAAAAGACGACGAAGUGGUGGUUGAAGUCGAAAACGACAUGUCUAUUCCCCAGGAGAUGUUAAAGAAGUACCUUGUUUAUGCCAGAGAAAAUAUCCAUCCCAAACUACAAAACAUGGAUCAAGAUAAGGUGGCCAACAUUUACAGUCAACUCAGACAGGAAUCGUUGGCCACGGGAAGUCUUCCCAUCACAGUUCGUCACAUUGAAAGUAUUAUCCGUAUGUCCGAAGCACAUGCGAGGUUGCAUUUAAGGGAGUAUGUACAAGAUGUCGAUGUAAACAUGGCAGUAAGAAUGAUGUUGGAAAGCUUCGUCGAGACGCAAAAAUACAGCGUGAUGAAAUCGAUGAGACAAGUUUUCCAGAGAUACCUAUUGUUCAAGAAAGAUCACAGUGAAUUGUUGUUCUAUAUUUUGCGCCAGUUGUCGCAAGAUCAACUCACAUUCCAAAGAGGUACAAACGAAUUGGAGGCUCUUACCAUUGAGAUUGAUGAGAAGGAUCUCAUGGAUAAGGCAAAGCAAAUUGAUAUUCAUGAUCUUAAACCAUUCUACAAGAGCAAAAUCUUUGAAUCCAACAACUUCUCAUUUGAUCCAAAGAGAAAGGUCAUCAUUCACACAGUGCCAGAAACAUUCACAUCAGAAGAUUAGAACCUAAUUUUAAGUAUACUCCAUAUUUAUUAAUGAAUUGCGUUUUUAAUAAAAAUAAGUUUUAUAAA